UCCUUGAAAUGUUAAAAAGGAAAAAGAAAAUAAAAAAAUACCGCAAAACCCUGUGUAUCUCAGAAGCAAGGGAUUUGGGGAGUAGAUUGCCUGUAUGGGACCCUUAUGUUUCCAAACAUAAUGCUGAAAAGCUAACCAGCUUCCACCCAGGAUUCUCCACCCCCCACCCAACCAAUCCUUGUAUACACGGUCUCGUUGAGUACAAGCUGGCCAAAAACUUGAAAUUCUGUGCCUGUAGCCUUCCAGGAAGCUGGGAUUCCCCUCAAGGUGGGCACAUGUGCCCUCUGACCUCUGUUCACAUCACAACCCUCUGCUCAUGACACUGUCAUUCCCUGGAUUCUUUAUGACCUGCCUCUUGUCUACCUUGUUGGUGUUGGCAGAGUGCUACAUGCCCCGAAGCAGGACAUUUGCAACCCACAGAUUCUGACAUUUAACAUUUUCUGUUUGGGAAGUUUGGUUGUUUUUGAUCUGGCCUGAAUAAGCACCUCAAAGACAAAUCCCCAACUCAGGGGAGUUCCAGCUUCUGAAGCAAAAGGUUCCGGAAAUGAAGACCAACUUCUUAAGGGUGACUGGGAUCAGAAGAGUUUAGCCACUUGCUAGCUGGUGGACCCUGGGUGGAGCCCCCUCAUUUCUGCAGUCUCUGUACAAGGUUUCAGAGGAGUCUGAAACUGUGCCAAGUGGUAGUUACAUCACAGUUACUUGAGGCCAUUGUUAAAGGAUCCCCCUGCAGCACAGUCCUGGGCUCCUCUCCUAAAUGAGAUGGACCACACAAGCCAGUCCUCCUGAGUCCCUGGGUUGGGACCUGCUGGAGUGAAUAACCUCUGUAGCACCUGGCUGCGGACACACUGACCUGCUGACUCCAAGUGGGGCUUGGCCAGGUGCUGGUAGAGACUCCCAGAUCACCUAGGGCUGGUUCCCAGUUCUCUGGGGGAACUGAAGAGCAAAGCUCUUGGGCUUCCCUUGUAUUUUUCCUCCAUUCCUGCCACAAGAAGGCAGCAGGCAGCAGGGCUCCUCUGGCCUGAACCAUAGACUGGGCCAACCCAGAGGUUGAAAAAAUAGAAAAAACAGGUCACAUCCUGCCUUUAUCAGGAAAAGAAACACAGCUCAACCUGACAGAGGGGCUUGCAAGAGUCAAGGAGCCCCUUUAUCCCUGGAGUGAGCAAGCUCUUUGCCUUCCCUGCCCCAAGCUAUCAUGGUGCAGUCUGUUACCUUGGAGACCAGCUAACACUUAUCUCAGGCAAGCUGCUCUGUAGAGUUCUUUGGAGGAGCUUGGAGCAGAGAGGUCCUGCUGUGCCUUCUCCCAAAGAUGGAGAUGUAAAUGAAGAAACACAGAUGGAGCAUGGACAGAAACACUGACAGAGAUCCACAGAAGCAACUAAACCAGAAGACUAUGAAUGACGUCACCCAAAACUCACAGGAUGGCUUGCUGGUUACCCAUGUUAACCAGACCCAGGACUUACUGCAGCUGCAGAGAAGUGAGACCCAGACAUCAGCUCUGGAAGACUCUGAAGACUGGCUCGCAAUGCACAGUUUAAAGUUUGAGAAACUCACCUUGGCUGACCUGAUAAGCCAGGGCACGGUUGAGCUGGAGGAUCAGAACAAUGCUGUGCCCAAAGUGCAUUUCACCACCCAGACCAUCUACCACUUUACAUCAAGGCUUUCUGACACUAUUGAACUCUAUCAGCAGAGGAUGCGGUGGCUAACCGAGAACAGCAAGAAGGCAUUUGGCCUCAUCAAGGGAUCAAGAGUGGGCCUCCUCAUAGAUUCAUCGCAGGUCAGCAGUGGCCCUCAGACCGAGGAAUUCCAAAAUGACCUCACAAGUCUCAUUGAUGAGCAGCUGAGCCUCAAGGAAAAGCUGUAUGUCCUGACCUUUGGCGGCACCACCAACUUCCUCUGGCCGGACCCUGUGGAAGUCAGUGCUUCCAACCUCCAGGAACUCAAGCUCUGGGUAAAGACACUGCAACCCGAGGGAAGCAGCAACCUGCUACAAGCCUUGAAGAAAGUCCUUGCUCGGAAGGAGCUGAACUCUCUGGUGGCCAUACUGAGAAGCUGUCCAGAUCAGCCAUCUGAAUUCCUGUCUGACUUCAUCCAGCAGUCCACCCUGGGACGGAGCCUCUUCAUUCACAUAGUCACCUACAAAUGUGAUGAUCAUGUGCCCUCUGCUAUUCUGAAGAACCUCACAGAUGCCCUUGGGGGUUACUACCACUGCUACAGCCUAGAGUCAGAGCUCUAUACCAGUAGGGAUGUGGAUGAGCUCCUGGCAGAAACCCACAAGGCUCAAGGCCUCUUCAGCCAGCUGCAAGGCCUGUGCCACAACAACCCAUGUGAAGAGCUGUCCUGCAUGAUCGAAGAAAUUUCUACAGAGAUUGCCAAAGGGCCUUUCACCAGUCUGUUGCCUAAGCCUCCAAAGCAUGAAGCUCCUCUCACCAUCAAGUUCCCAGACUUGGACAAGACUUCUGCAGAAUGGCUGAAGAUCAAUGGUCUGAAAGCCAAGAAGUUAGGCCUUUAUCAGGUUCUGGCACCCAACGCCUUCAAUCCUGUGGAAGAAUUUGUGCCUAUUCUUCAGAAAACAGUAGGAGCUACUAUCCACGAGAAGGUAAUGGUACAAUUUGAGUGGCAUGAUGGGACAGUGAAGAACAUCCAUGUGGACCCGCCCGUCCUCUUUGAGUACCAGAAGCAGCUCGGGAAAGCUGUGCAGAUAUAUGAGAAGCGGCUCCAGUGGCUGUCCCUGACCAGCAGAAGAUUCUGGGGCACUGUCUGUCAAAGAAGGGUGGUUAUACUGCUGGACGUCUCGGUGACCAAUUCCAUGUUCAUUAUUCAUAUCCAGCACUCCCUGCGACUACUGCUAGAAGAGCAACUGUCCAACAAAGACUACUUCAACAUCAUCGCGUUUGGAAGCACAGUUGAGAGCUGGAGGCCCGAGAUGGUUGCUGUGAGCCAUGACAACUUACAAAGAGCCUGGCGGUGGGCCCUGGGCCUGCAGUGUCAAGGAAGCAGAAAUGUCCUCGGAGCCCUGCGGAAGGCCAUAGAAGUGGAUUUCAAGGACAAAACCAAACAUGAGUCUCAGGGCAUCUACCUCUUCACUGGGGGUGUCCCUGACCAAGAUGUGCACAUACUCAGCGCCUAUGUGGCAGAGGCCUGUGGGGGUUGCGACCUCCAGCUAAAUGUCUGUCUCUUCUAUGUGGGCGAACCACAGAUGGGCACCAUGCCCCCUGCCUGCUAUGCCAGCCGUACUGACACUGCUGCUGCCUACAAAGAGGUCACCCAGGCUGCCUGUGGUCGCUUCCACUGGUUUGGAGAGACAGGUAUUUAUGAGAGUGAUGAUAGCAACGCCAUCGUAUCUGAGAUAGAAAAAGCCCUCAACUACUCCCAAAAGUGUGCCUUCCUUGUGGCCUCCCUGAAGAACCAUUCAGGAAAAGAGCUGCUGACUGCAGCCCUCCAGAAAGACAAGCCAAGGACUCUGCAGCAAAGUCAGCCCAAGAAACUCUAUCCUCCCAAGCCCACAGCCCCCUCGGUGGCCAGAAUGAGCAUUAAAGAUGACGUGGAUGGAGAAACGAGCUCCCAGCUGAAAGCUCUGAGGUGUCACCCCCUCAAUGGUGAAACAAGGGUCUCUCCAGCUGCAGCCCAACCUGGCAAGGAAGGGACUGUGGAACAGAGGACGAAGGCCAACCCCAGAACAAAAGCAAAGCUCUUCCUGUUCUACACAGAGUCCGGGAAUAGUGUGGGUUCUGUGUACAAGAGGUACAGUCAAGGAAAACCCAUCAGAAGGAUUAAUUCUUCCAUUGAGCUGCCCAGGAAGGACACUCUAUGCUCAAGUCAAGAGUGGACAGCCACUUGCGGGCUGAAGAGACUGAAACUGGAGCUCUCCAAAUGCCUUGGUCCCAACUGUAGAUAUCAAAAGUCAGUACGGGGGUCGGCACUGGCCAGACACUGCAGUCUCUUCCCCAGUAUAGAGAUCAACGGAGUAGUGAGACACAUCCAGUGGACGCUGCGAGAGAUGGAGACGUACAUCACAGGCUUGGAGAAGGUGAUGAGGUGCUAUGUGCAGAGGCUGCACUGGCUGCUGUCUGGGAGCCGCAGGCUGUUUGGCACCAUCUUAGAAAGCAAUGUGUGCAUCCUGCUGGACACCUCAGGGUCCAUGGGCCCCCACUUGCAGUGGAUGAAGACAGAGCUCGUUCUACUGAUUUGGGAGCAGCUGAGGAAACACUGUGACCGUUUUAACCUGCUCAGCUUUGCAAGGGACCCACAGCCAUGGCAAAACACCCUGGUAGAAAGCACAGAUGCUGCGUGUCACGAGGCUAUGCAGUGGGUGGCCCACCUGCAAGCCCAGGGGAGCACCUCAGUCUUAACAGCUUUAAUGAAAGCCUUCAGCUUUCAGGAUGUGCAAGGGCUGUAUCUCCUGACGGAUGGGAAGCCAGACACAAGCUGCAGCCUUAUACUCGACACUGUCCAAAGGUUCCAGAAGGAGAGAGGCGUGAAGGUGCAUACUAUCUCUCUGACCAGCACAGACAGAGCAGCAAUUGAGUUCCUGAGGAAGCUGGCUUCCCUCAGUGGAGGCCGUUACCACUGCCCUGUUAGUGAUGAGGCCCUCAGCAGAAUUCAAGGCUUGCUCGCCAGAGGCUUCCUCGAGGAAAGGGAUCCCAAGUUGCCACUGUUUGAAGGUGAUGACUUAAAAAUACUGACCCAGGAGUUCACCAAGGCUAGAAACCUCCUCAAGCAAGCCCAGGUCUUCAGAUCCCAGCUCCUGAAGAAAAAUGGCAUGCAAUCAAAGGUUACUGCUUGCUAGCGACAUGCUCUCAGG